GUGGCUGUGAUGCUGAGUAUAAAACCAGCAGCAUCUCUCGCGGUCCCCAGAAAACACCCAUCAGAUCACGCACAGUCACGCACGGACACAGACAGAGCGCGCGGGAUGACUGCGAACUGACGAGCAGCUCCCAUUAAACUACAGAGAAUCAGCAUCAUGACCAGGUCUGUGAGGGAGGAGCACACCUCUGUGGAGUCGGAUGAGCUCUGCAGCCCUGCAAACAGAGAGACCGACGGAGCAGGAGUCGGAGUGGGAGCUGGGGAAGAGGAGGACGACGACCUGCUCCAUCAUCCGGAGGAGGACGAGGAUGAUGAUGAUGAGGAAGACGAGGAGGAAGAGGAAGACGGGGAGAACAAACCCAAGAGGAGAGGGCCUAAGAAGAAAAAGAUGACCAAGGCUCGCCUUCAGAGGUUUAAGAUUCGUCGGAUGAAAGCCAACGCCCGGGAGAGGAACCGCAUGCACGGGCUGAACGACGCUUUGGAGAGUCUCCGAAAAGUUGUCCCUUGUUACUCCAAAACUCAGAAACUGUCCAAGAUCGAGACACUGCGCCUUGCCAAGAACUACAUCUGGGCUCUUAGUGAGAUCCUACGCUCUGGCAAGGCCCCCGACCUCAUGAGUUUCGUCCAGGCGCUCUGCAAAGGUCUGUCUCAGCCGACCACUAACCUGGUGGCGGGCUGCCUUCAGCUGAACCCUCGGACCUUCCUUCCAGAGCAGACACCAGACAUGCCCCCACACCUUCCCCCUGCUGGUGCCGCCGCAUAUCCUGGACAUUUCUCCUACCAGAGCCCUGGACUCACAGCCGGUUUGCCCAGCCCCCCCUACGGCACCAUGGACCCCUCUCACAUCUUCCACCAGGUCAAAGGUCAGCCAUACGGCUCCUUGGAACCGUUUUUCGAUGGAGUCCUGGUGUCAGAUGCCCCGGCGUUCGAUCCGCCUCUCAGUCCACCGUUGAGCAUCAAUGGUAACUUCUCAUCCUUCAAGCAUGAGCCUGUUCCAGCCUCCGAAUAUGACAAGAGCUUUUCUUUCGGUGUGCACUACGGAGCUGGAGGAGCUGGUGGCCAUCCCCCCAUCUAUGGCAGCGGGGGGCCCAACCCGCGGUGCGGUGAGCUGCAGGUGGAACAACUGAUGGGAUUUGACGGACACUCGCACCACGAGCGGCUUAUGAAUGCCCAGUUAAAUGCCAUCUUUCAUGACUCAUGAGGAUGAUGGACAGUUAGACUGAUGUAGACAGACAGACCAUGAUGUGCGAAGACUAUCACUUUAUCGCUGUCCUUCGGUCUCUUCUUGCUGUUCAUCUUUCUGUCCACAUCUGUCUUUAACUCCUCUUUAUGAUGGCAAUUCAACAAUGCCAUAAACUUCUUUAUAGCGCUUCACCUGACAAGAGACGCUCCUUGAAUGUCUUGUCAGAGUCCAUAUUAUCAUAAAAAAA